AGGGAAACCAGCUUUUGAUAGGGUUCUUGAAAGGAUGAAGAAGAGCCCUGAAGGCAGAGAAAUACUGUUGGAGCGACCUCGUGUGAUUUCUACAAAAGUGGGGCAUGCAUGGGACCUACCUGAUAACACUUUUGGUGCUGCAUACGCAAAAUUUAUGGGAUCUAGGAACUUUUCACCUGAUGAUCGUCCACCAGUGCGAUUCAUGGAAACUGAAGAGUUGGCAUAUGUAGCUAUGCGUGCUCGCGAGGUGCAUGACUUCUGGCACACCCUUUUUGGCCUUCCAACAAACCUGAUUGGAGAAACAGCACUAAAGGUGAUCGAGUUUGAACAGAUGCUACUCCCCAUGUGUUUGAUGUCUGUGCUAGGGGGUACAGCAAGGUUUACUGACAAGCAAAGGAGCUUGUUCUAUCAGCAUUACUUCCCAUGGGCUCUAAAGGCUGGAGCUCGUUCCACAGAUCUCAUGUGUGUGUACUAUGAAAAACAUUUUCAUGAAGAUUUGGAAGAUGUCCGUCGCAGAUGGGGGAUAAUUCCAGCUCCCUCUCCUCCAAGACCAAAUUCAACAAAUGUUGUACCUCUUUGAAGAGGAAUUGAAUCGAUUACUGACUUCCCAUGCAAUUUCGUUUUGCUCUAUACGAACAAAUGUAAAUAUUUACUCAGGGUGUAGUAAAAGAAUGACCUAUUGCAGUUGUCUUUGUUGUGUCUGCUGCUUUUUAUGUGAAAACUUUUUCGGUUUUUGUGAAUUAAAUCUGUGUGAGGACUGAACAUUCUUCACUUGUCGAUCAUUUGCUGAGCAUAGUUAAGUGUCAAAUGUACUGUAUGCAAGAUAUGAUGCUGUUCUAGGACAUUAUUCCUACUUCAAUAAUGAGCUACUUUCUUUUGUUCUC